AUGAAGGAUGACACUCAAUGUCUCCUGUACAUCGUUUACACAUUCGGCAAUCUAAUUGCCCCAGUUGUUCUCCACAAAUUAGGCACGAAACGUACGCUAUUCGUCGCUGUUUUCUGCUUCGCGAUUUAUUCCUCAAAUUUCAUCCUCAUUCGAAAUUAUAUCUAUUUCCCAGCGUGUGCAUUUGCUGGUUUUGGAACAGCUUUGUUCUUUUGCAGUACUGGUGCCUAUAUUUCAAAGCAUUCGACGGAAAAGACUUUGUCUAGGAAUCAAGCUCUUUCUUUUAUGUUAAUGGGUAGUAGUAUGCUUGUCAGUGGUAAUUUUAUGAUUAUCUCGUCGGAGAUCUCGAAAGAGCCACAACAAGAGAAUUUGACUCAAUCGGAGAAAAUUCCAGAACUAAUCUUCCAAGGCCUGAAGACACCCGGCAUGAUCAAAUUAGUGCCGUUAUACUUUUUCUGUGGAAUGUUCACUGCUUUCAUGAACUCCAUCUACACAACGUCGGUCUCAUUCACGCAUAGUCUUGCCGGCUACACGAAUCUCAUCGCUUUCGUUUGCAUGAGUGUUUCGGCGGGAGAGUUGAUUGCUUUCUUCUAUUACCUUAGCUCAAUACUAACUAUUUAUUGGCUAAUGGGGAUUCUUUUUGCUACUUUGAUAGCUUCUCUAUUCAUGUUCUUUUGGUUUUUGCGAGAUCUUCGACUAGAACGAGAGCGAUUAGAAGAGCUUGGCGAGGAGAAAGAGAAGGAGAAAGAGAAUGAGAAUGAGAAAGAGAAAGAGAAAGAGAAUGAGGAAGAGAAAGAGAACGAGAAAGAGAAGCAUUUCGACAAACCAAUUGAGAAU